UCGACUAUUGUUUAAGGACGUGUUUAUGCGAAAAGACGUUUCGGCGAUUGUUUUUAACGGCAUAUAAGGCAGGCACGGUGAGAAGUCAGUAGUUUUUUUCAGUAUGGAGCUUCAAAGUGUCUGUCUGCCACUCAUCUUUUCAGGUCUAGUUCCCCUAUUCUUGGAAUGUGAAUCGAUAUCCGGCGGCAUAAAUUUGGACAUAGCUCAGGCGCCUUUCAUGUUGUCCUUGAGGCGAAAUGGGGAGCACGUUUGCGGCGCCGCGGUCAUUAGUCCAGACUGGGGUAUAACGGCUGCGCACUGCUUUCCCCUACCGAAAGCCGCCUUCACCGUGCGAAGCGGCUCGGUCCAGAGGGACAGUGGAGGCAUGCUUCAUGAUGUCACGGAGCGUUUUACGCAUCCGAAGUACGCGAAGAAUAGCCAGGAUUAUGAUAUAGCGGUUUUUAGGGUGGAUCCACCCUUUGAAAUGAGUGAGACAACAGCAGCCAUUGAAUUACCACCGAAGACUAGUGUAGAAUUGAGGACUAGGUGGGCUAGUAUCGCUGGAUGGGGUGCUGUACCGACGCAAGAGGAUGAUAACGAUGCGACUUCAAAGAAUCUGAAAUACGCAUUGGUACCAAGGAUACCGGACGAUAUUUGUGCUGAGAACUACAAAGCCGUGCACGCCUUGACCCCUCGACAGAUAUGUUAUGGGUAUCAGGAAGGGGGAGCUGACACUUGCAAAGGUGAUUCUGGGGGACCUCUCUACAACACUGAUAACAUUCUGAUUGGAAUCACGUCGUGGGGGGAUACCUGUGGCGAGAAAUAUACUCCUGGAGUCUACAUGGAUAUCACCUUAGUAAUGGAUUGGAUCCACAACGUCACCGGUAUUCGAUGAUGUAUUGUGCAUUGCAAGAAAUUUCUCCCAAAAAUUGAAUAAUUUAUUGUUGAGAAAAAUUUAGCAACUGUUACUCAUUAAUAAUUCAUUAAUCAUUUAAUUGUUCUUUAAUGUCUUCGAAAAAUUAAUGAAACGUUUUCUGUCACUGAUUUACUUCCUCAAGUCGGCAGAAAUAUUUUGCUUGAUGUAGCAUUUAUUCAUAGUAUAUUAUUAGAAAAUAUGAUAACAAAAUCGUUAUAUUUAAAAUAAUGAAAUUUUAUUAUCUAUAAUUAAUCAUCAUUAUCACAUUAUGUAAUAAAAAUAUUGUACUUCACAAA